GCCACCAUCGAUAAUUUACUUUGUUUUCUUAUACUCAGUUCGCUAUAAAAAGUUUGUGGAAAUGGUUUAGACUGGCUAACAUAAUAAAUCUAUUUAUUAAAAGAGAGCGACGAAUUUGUGCACAAGUGAUGUCAAGAAAAUAACCGUCUUCUCAAGAUUGAUAAAGAUGAGAAAUUUUGCCAUUCUUCUGGUAUGCUCGCUGGAAGCCUUUCUUCAACCGCUCCAAGCGAAAUAUUCCAAGUCUGGGAAAUACAAGAUUGCUGUUUUGCUUCCGAUUACGAAAGGACUUCGUUGCGAUCAAAUUGAGCCGGCAUCUCUCUCGCUUCUUGAAGCUUUUAUUUAUAAAAUGAAUAAAAUCAACUCGGACCUUGAAGAAAGACUAAAUGUAACACUCGAUUAUUCCAUAAGAGAUUCAUGUUCAAGUCCUCAGAUAGCAAUCCAAGAGACUCUGAGAUUGGUAGCCCGCAACUCAUCAGACAAUAGAUUGGUAGCUGUGGUUGGACCAGUUCUUUUAGAAAAUAUCAUUUUCACUGCUGGAGUACUUCAUUUUCACAAAAUUCCUCAGAUUGUCUUCACUGGUAUGGCUCAAAACCAACCCACAUACCCCUCCCUCACGAGUGUGUCACCAACUCUGAGUGACAGCGUCUCAGCAGUGAGCAWGCUCAUUUCAUCGUUUCACUGGAAGACAGUCAACAUCAUAGGAUCCAAUGACAUGUAUGGACGWAUAUUUACUUCUUUGCUGUACCAGAAUCUGAGAGCAACAAACAACUGUAUUUCCAAUGAAAAACUUCUCGAUGAUGUAAACUUACAGAGGCAAGUCCCAAAAGUUAUCGCCUCGUUGAAGUCUAAUCCUCAAGUCCCUGUAACAGUCCUCGUUGCCAAACCAGAUGUAGUCGCAAAAGUACUGGAAGAGGCCCGCCGUCAGAACUUCACCAAUCAUGUGUGGAUAGGUACUGAGCGUUGGACUGCUAGCAAAGACAUUGCUGCUUCGUAUAGUGAUGUGCUAGACGGCAGYCUUGGUACCGGAUAUUUYAWAGAUGCAGACAAAGAAUUUGUUGAAUWUUUAAGGAAAAAACUGAAAGGACUGACGUACAAAGAUUGGACAAAAUCACURUUAGGACKUACCUUGAAUACGUCAAGUUUAUGCRAUAAGCUAGUCCAGUCACGUGACCUACGGUUUGACAAAUCAAAGCUUCUAAUGGACGCUUUGCAGAAUAUUGAAAAUGCUUUGAAACACGUCCUUAACAAUAUCUCAGACGARACUAGAGUUAAUGUCUCUGCCAUCGAAAUAAGACAAAGACUAAGGGAGGUUUUAAAAAGSUAUUCCAAAAAUCGACGCCAUAAGUUAAAGAUUGUGAAUCUUAAGAAAACCCUACCCGGUGACUACCGAUUUGUAACUGUUGGAAGUUGGACGAGMAACGACUCAAGGAARGACAAUAUUGUUAUCGACAAACGGGYGCUUCGUUGGCCUGGUGGCGAUCGAUCAGCUAUCCCCGUGUCUGGGCCAGUUAAUCCAUGCAAACCUGGCACCUAUGCGAAAAAGGAACCCAUAAGUUGCGRUUGGAAGUGCAUCCAGUGCCCCAUUGGUACAUACUCUGAAAAUUUCACCUCUUCUGAAUGCAAAAAGUGCCAAAAAGAUCAUGUUCCAGACAAACUUCAAGCCCGUUGUAUUAUUGCCGAGGAAGAGUUCAUACGAGUUUUUGGUGUACACGGUAUUUGUAUCAUGUCGGCUAGUGCUGUGGGGUUUGUGAUCACCAUUUUAGUCUUGUGCAUUUUCUUAAAGUAUCAUAAUACACCGGUUAUUAAGGCAUCCAACAAGGUGUUCUGUAUAUUUACGCUUGUUCUACUUCUGGUUUGGUUCCUCUCUUCGAUUCUAUUCCUUGGGGAACCAAAGGACUGGACSUGCAAACUCAGGACAGUKGCAGUACCCCUCAUCUAYACAUCRGUCAGCGCUCUUCUAAUUACRAAGACCAAAAGAUUGAUACGAAUCUUCUCRACGUUAACACGCAAUCGGUUCUUGAGCAAUUAUUGGUACAGCUUUUUGGCAUGUUCCAUUGUUCUUGUCCAAGCCAUCUUCUCUGCUGUAUAUUUGGUAUUCUUCCCACCAAAACCAAUCGUGGUUUACCAUCACGACUCCCGAGUGUCGAGUCAUUGUUCAAGGAAUCUUGGCCUUGAGAUUGCCUCAUUCAGUUAUAACUGUUUAUUGGCAUUCUCAUGUACUUCAUUAGCAGUCAAGUCAAGRAAACUACCCGAGACGUACUCMGAGGCUAACCACAUUUGUUUGACAAUGCUUGCGUAUAUGCUCUCKUGGAUGGUCUACUUCUUUGGWUACUAUGGGAUACCKCAGGGUGAACUAAAAGCUGCUGUACCGAUAUUUGGCGUSAUCGUAGGCGCAUAYGCUGUGUUAUUAUUCAUCUUCGUCCCUAAAAUGCGAGUCAUUUUAUUUCUCCCCGAGAAGAACACAAAGAAAGCAGCCCUGGCUGCUACAAGGAAAUACUCUAUCGAUGUUGCCUGUGGAAUUCAGCUGAGUAUCUCUAAAUCAUCYAGAGCGUGYGAGCGACGYCAYACCCUGGCAACCUUACCGACAUAUCACGAGGCAGGGAUGUCAUCACCGACAAGUCUAGAUCGAAACGCAAACGCAGUAAGCUCAAGGUUUUCUSCCGAAAGUCUUAGGGAGGCAAUWCGAGAGGCUGACGAUGCUGSAGAGGAAGAAUCCGUCAACAUAGACGUUAGGAAUUCUUUCAGUAUACCGUUGGACAACGGAGUAACUAUCAAAAACAUGACUUUUUUAACUCCAAAUGGAUUGGCUUAAGUGUCGAUUUACAUUUACGUAAUAAUCUUUGACGUAAAUAAUGGUCAUUCAUGGCGCGCUUACAUGUGGAGAGGACAUGUGAACACUCUGUUAAAUACAGUGGCUUACAAUUUUUAUCUACAAAGCGUGUACGAGUGGAAAGGAUCGACAUGUUAUUGGAUUCAUGCUUGAUGAAUGGAUCAUUUAUACUGGUAUGCUUGCUUGAAUAACUCGUUAAUAUGAUUCGCCAGCACAGACGAAAUUGGAUACAAAAAGCAUUGAAAAUCUGGUAAUAAAAAUGAAUUCACCUUCACAUAAACAUUGAUGAUAAUGAUGAUUCCGGAUAAUCCUCCUCACAGAACUAAUGAUAUCAUUCAUUCUACAAAUAUGAUUACUGCUAUGAAACUAAACAUGUUUUAUUAAGCUAAAGUGGUCCCAGUGGCCACGGAUGACUGCAUCUAUCCAAGAAUGGGGAUGUCAAGAUCUUUCAAGUAUCCACAAAUCAGAUGGUCAUACAAUCCCAGGCAGUCGAUCUCUCAUUCCCGAACUCUGCAACUCAGAUCUCCUUUGCCACUUUUCUUGUAGCUGCAGCAGCAUGUUCYCAAUUCAAGUCAAACARCAACCAUCUUWAGCUAUCCGAUCCAGCACACKGCAUGGUUCAUUCUGUGUAGCUUCAACGCUCCAGCGUCCCAUCCAACUUCAAAAUGUCCACAUCCUCUUCAAUUCUCACCUAAUCUUAGCAUCUCCACCAAUCACGUAACUUYACGUCAUACUUCUUACACAAUUCCCAAGGAACUUCGUGUAGUCUGAUCGAUUUAUUUAUUUAUACACUAUAUAGAUACCAUAACGUCUAUUUUUCUUUUUCUCUUUGGUAGCGGAAACACUUUUAUAAACAGGCGUAUUUCAACUCAAAUCAGAUCGAAAUACUGUAAAUAAGCGACGAUACAUGUGGCAUAAAUAAGUUUCARCGAAUUACAACCGAAUUAUAGGGAAAUAUUGAUCAGAUUUCGUGCGAAUACUGAAAUCUAAUUAAAAAUUAUUAACGUGUUGAUUUCUCUCGUUCUACUAAUAACAGYGAAGAAAAAGAUAUUCAAAAAUGACAUUCAAAAUAUACAUAUAAUAAUUGAAACCAAUCAAGGUAUAUAUAAAUUCAAUAAGAGAACUCGAUCAAUAAAUGUAAAGAAAAACAGA